UAGUUUUGUCUCCCUUCUUCUUCCUCCUUGUCUGUAAACCAGCUUCUGGAGAAUUUAAGAGGGCGAAGAUGGAGGGUGAAGGAGAAGAUGCAUCAAAAGUAAUUCACGUGAAGUUCGUGACGAAGCUUUACCCUCCUUUCAAAGCUCCGGUUAGCUCCGUAGUUAUCCCUUCAAAUGUCACUCGUCUCGGUCUCUCUUCCAUCGUCAACUCUCUCCUCACUCUAGAGAAGCCUGAGGCAUUUGACUUCCUGAUCGAUGGGGAGCUUAUUCGAAUGUCACUCGAACAGUUUCUUCUCGCCAAGGGAAUCUCUGCGGAACAAACUCUUGAAAUCGAAUACAUAAGAGCUGUGGCACCACGGAAGGAGGAGAAACCCUCCUUGCAUGAUGACUGGGUCUCUGCUGUUGAUGGUUCUUCUCCCAGGUUCAUUUUGACCGGAUGCUAUGAUGGUUUAGGAAGGAUAUGGGACUCUCCUGGAUCGUGUACACACAUUUUAGAAGGCCACACUGGGGCAAUCUCCUCCGUUGCUUUUGUUAAUUCCCAAGGUGCAGAAAGUGUUACUGUAGCAACCGCCUCUAAGGAUCGGACAUUGAGAUUGUUUAAGGUUGAUACAUCUGAAUCUGGUGACUCUACUACAAGAGUUAGGGCGUACAAGAUAUUGCGUGGGCACAAGGCGUCAGUGCAAAGUGUUGUAGCGGAGAAACACGGGACCAUGGUUUGCUCAAGUUCGUGGGAUUGCACGAUCAAUUUAUGGAACACAGAUGAGUCUGAGUCUGAGUUGUCAGUUUCAGGGAAGAAAAGAAAAGGGAAUAAUCAGGCCGAGGAAACUCAAUUAGAGGGAGAGGCGGAGACUACGUUUGUUGGACACACACAGUGCGUAUCAUCAGUUGUUUGGCCAGAGCAUGAUGUUAUUUAUUCUUCUUCAUGGGACCAUUCUGUAAGGAGAUGGGAUGUUCCGACAGGGAAAGAUACUUUGAACUUGUACUGUGGAAAAGCUCUAAACACGGUUGGUGUUGGCGGUGAAGGUUCAGCACUUGUAGCUGCUGGAGGUUCAGAUCCAGUCCUUAGAGUAUGGGAUCCUCGUAAGCCUGGAACAUCCGCUCCCGUGUUUCAAUUCUCUUCACACUCAUCAUGGAUAUCCACGUGUAAAUGGCACGAAAGCUCUUGGUUUCACUUGCUCUCAGCUUCCUAUGAUGGCAAAAUCAUGCUCUGGGAUCUCAGAACCGCUUGGCCUUUGUCGAUUAUCGACACACACAAGGAUAAGGUUUUAUGUGCGGACUGGUGGAAAGGAGACAGCGUAGUGAGCGGAGGAGCAGACUCUAACCUUCGAAUAUCUUCCCGAAUCUCAAUUUCUUAGAAAAUUAAAAAAAAAAGGUCUGAGUCGACUAUAUGUUGUCUUAUGUGAUGUUAUACUCAGAAACACCAAGAUUCUCUGUUACAGUCCCAUAUGGAUCAGGGACAGCCUAUCCUGGAAUGAGACUCCUACUCGAGAAAGCUUACUCGAGUUUUUGUAUACUCUUCAUAUUUUGAAAUGUUCUAAUUCUGGAGUGACUUA